UCGAAUCGUUCGUCACUAGCAUUAAUAUAAUCUGUCAGUUCGAUCACUGUUCAUCAAACAAAUUAUUGUCGUAUCAACUAAACUUAUUCACACAAUGGCGGCCAAAGCCUUAAUAAUUGCCUGUUUGGCCAUUCAAGCCAACAUCAUUGCUGGAUUAGAUUGUUCGACUUCACAUUCGUCUGGAUAUGAACAAAAAGAAUAUUCUUCACCAUCGUAUUCACCUUCCUCUUACUCAGCUCCAUCAUAUGGCGCUAAGCCUCAGUCCUAUUCAGCUCCACAAGCUUACUCUUCUCCUUCAUACUCAGCUCCGUCGUAUUCUGCUCCCCAUUCCCAAUCUUAUUCUGCUCCAGCUUAUGGUAAACCACAAUCUUAUUCAGCUCCUUCUUACUCUGCCCCAUCUUACUCUGCUCCAGCUUAUGGUAAAUCACAAUCUUAUUCAGCUCCUUCUUACUCUACUCCAUCUUACUCUGCUCCAGCUUAUGGUAAACAACAAUCUUACUCUGCUUCGUCUGCGUCCUAUGAACAANCCAAGUACCCAGUAGCCCAGUACUCAGCUCCCUCAUACGAAGCUAAGCCACAAGCAUAUUCUGCUCCUGCUGCGUCUUACGAAAAACAACCAUCCCACUCCGCAUCGGCAUAUCCAUCUUACCCAAGUCAAAAAGCUUAUGCUGAAGAAUCUUACGCACCAGCCCCAUACAAAUUCGAAUACAGCGUAAAUGAUGAACAUACAUAUGACAUUAAAAGCCAAAAGGAAGAAAGUGACGGAUAUCACGUAAAAGGAUACUACACUUUGUUAGAGCCUGAUGGUUCCCGCAGAACAGUCGAGUAUACCGCCGACGAAAACGGAUUCAACGCAGAUGUAAAAAAAGAAGAAGCUCAAGGUUACAGCAAAUCAGCUCCAGCAUACAACAAGGACUCCCAAGCAUACAAAUCAGCACCAGCUGCUUACAGCGCACCAUCAUACAAUAAACAAGAACCAUCUUAUGGCGCACAGUCUGCUUAUAACGCACCUGCGUAUAACAAGCAGGAAUCGUCAUAUGGCGUUUCAGCCAAACAAUACGAAGCUCCGUCAUACUAAUUAUUUCACUAUUUAUCAACCACGAUAAAAAAGUGAAGUUAUAUUACAAUUCAACUUCGAAUACCAAAUCAUAAAUGUUACAACUUAACUGUUAAGUUUUUUUAAUGUUUAAA